UGGGUCCCCCAUGCUUUUCACAAUAACAGUCGUCGCCCCGAGUUGGCGUGCAAAAUGUCAGGGUUUAGCCCCGAGCUCAUCGACUAUCUGGAGGGGAAAAUCUCCUUCGAGGAGUUUGAGCGCCGCCGGGAGGAGCGAAAAAGCCGUGAGAAGAAGGAUGGAGCAAAUGUGAUCGCGGAGGAAAACGUGGAAGAUCCUGAUGCUCCAUCUACUUCUGGACAAGGAUUGAAUGUGGCACCCGAGGAUCAUAAUGAAGCUGAAGAAGAGACAUCAGAUGGGGUCAGUAAAUCCGUCCAUCGAGUUUUUGCUUCCAUGAUGGGAGAAAAUGAAGAGGAUGAGGAGGAGGAAGAGGAAGAGGAUGAAGAAACCUCAGAACAGCCUACAGCUGGAGAUGUUUUUGCCCUGGAGAUGGUACUUAAUAGAGAAACUAAGAAAAUGAUGAAGGAAAAACGGCCCCGUAGUAAACUGCCUCGGGCGCUGAGAGGCCUCAUGGGUGAAGCCAACAUUAGGUUUGCUCGAGGAGAACACGAAGAGGCCAUUCUGAUGUGCAUGGAGAUCAUAAGACAAGCUCCUCUUGCUUAUGAGCCGUUCUCAACUCUUGCCAUGAUUUAUGAAGACCAAGGAGAUAUGGAGAAAUCGUUACAAUUUGAACUGAUCGCCGCUCACUUAAAUCCCAGUGACACUGAGGAGUGGGUCCGGCUAGCGGAAAUGUCCCUGGAGCAGGACAACAUUAAACAAGCCAUUUUCUGCUAUGCAAAAGCCCUGAAAUAUGAUCCUACCAACGUGCGCUACCUGUGGGAGAGAUCAAGCCUCUAUGAACAGCUGGGGGAACAUAAGCUGGCGAUGGAUGGCUACAGGCGCAUUUUGAACCUUCUGACCCCUUUUGACGGCGACCGCUUUAUGCAUUUGGCAAGAGAUAUGGCAAAGAGUUACUAUGAGGCCAAUGAUAUUGCGGCUGCAAUCGAGAUAAUGGAGGAGGCCUUCAACAAACACCAGAACCUUGUAUCAGUGGAGGAUGUUAAUAUAGCUGCCGAACUGUAUAUUUCUAACAAGCAGUAUGAUAAAGCAUUGGCGGUCAUUACAGAUUUUUCAGGCAUUGUUCUUGAGAAGAAAGAGGAAGAAAAAGAGUCAUCUGAGGGAGAUAAAGAUGGAGUGGAAAUGGUGGAAAUGGAGGAGGAAAAAGAAUCAACAACCGACCACCAAGACUGUGCACGUGAAACCAGUUCUGCUGCGUCAGAAAAAGUCACCUGCUCUAUUCCAGAGGGGGUUCCCAUAGAUAUCACAGUGAAACUCAUGGUUUGCUUGGUGCACUUGAACAUCUUGGAGCCUCUCAAUUUUCUAUUGACCAGUCUAGUGGAACAAAACCCUGAGGAUAUGGGAGAUUUGUACCUUGAUGUGGCAGAAGCGUUCCUUGAUGUUGGAGAAUAUAAUUCUGCACUCCCUCUCCUGAGUUCCCUCGUAUGCUCAGAAAGAUACAAUUUAGCUGUUGUUUGGCUGCGCCAUGCAGAGUGCUUAAAGGCAUUGGGCUACAUAGAGCGCGCUGCGGAGAGCUAUGCCAAAGUGGUCGACCUGGCGCCUUUGCACCUGGAUGCCAGGAUUUCGCUUUCUACCCUUCAGCAGCAGUUGGGCCGGCCCGAGAAAGCCCUGGAAGCCCUCGAGCCCAUGUAUGACCCGGACACGUUGGCACAGGAUGCUAACGCUGCGCAGCAGGAAUUAAAACUGCUGCUCCAUCGUUCAACGUUGUUGCACUCUCAGGGCAACAUGUAUGGCUAUGUGGAUUCUUUGCUCACUAUGCUGGCCAUGCUUCUCAAGGUGGCUAUGAACCGAGCUCAAGUGUGUUUAAUAUCCAGUUCCAAAUCUGGAGAAAGGCAUCUCUAUCUCAUUAAAGUAUCGAGGGAUAAAAUCUCAGACAGCGAUGACCAAGAAACUACCAACUGUGAUGCUAAAGCAAUAUUUGUGGUGCUUACCAGUGUACUGACGAAGGACGACUGGUGGAACCUCUUACUGAAGGCCAUCUAUGCUCUGUGCGAUCUCUCUCGCUACAAGGAGGCAGAACUGCUCGUGGACUCUUCGCUGGAGUACUAUUCCUUCUACGAUGAUCGGCAGAAGCGCAAAGAACUGGAGUAUUUUGGCCUCUCGGCUGCGAUUUUGGACAAGAAUUUUAGAAAAGCUUACAAUUAUAUCAGGAUAAUGGUCAUGGAACAUGUCAACAGACCUCAGCUCUGGAAUAUCUUCAACCAAAUCACCAUGCAGUCACAAGAUGUCCGGCACCAUCGCUUCUGCCUCCGGCUAAUGCUGAAAAACCCCGAGAACCACGCUCUUUGUGUCUUAAAUGGCCACAAUGCUUUUGUGUCCGGUAGUUUCAAGCAUGCUCUUGGACAAUACGUCCAAGCUUUUCGUGCGAAUCCUGAAGAGCCGCUCUACAGCCUCUGCAUCGGGCUGACUUUCAUCCACAUGGCGUCCCAGAAAUAUGUGUUAAAGAGGCACGCGCUCAUAAUUCAGGGUUUCUCCUUCCUUCACCGAUACCUGCACCUCCGUGGUUCCUGCCAAGAAUCUUUGUACAAUUUAGGCCGUGGCCUUCACCAGCUCGGAUUGGUACAUCUGGCAAUUCACUACUACCAGAAGGCUCUGCAGCUCCCCCCGCUGGUCCUGGAGGGAAUAGAAGCUGACCAGACAGACCUGCGAAGAGAUAUUGCCUUUAACUUAUCGCUCAUCUACCAGAGCAGUGGAAACCUUAGAAUGGCUCGGAAGCUGCUGUAUACAUAUGGGACUGUGUGACGUGACUGCAGGCGUCAAAGAGAUAAUGGACAAGAAGCCAGUUACCUGCAAGUAUGAUGGGGCCUCUCGCACAGAUACAUGUGAGAAGUCAAGAGGAGUUCAGACUGGUGGACUUGCGUGUUGUAUUUAUUUUUAUUUUUAUUAAAGAAUUUGAAAACACAUGCAGAUUUUAAAAAGGAAAAGAGAAAUAAAAGCUAAAGAGAUUCAAAAAGGGGAAAAAAGAAGAAAAAAAGGAAAAGGAAAAAUAAAAGCAAAAAUGUAUAUAGGAAACACUUUCGAUUUUUUCUACAACAGAUUUUGGCAUAGUUACAGAAUUCACACUUGUACUCUUGUUAUCAGCAUAAGCGUCUCAACUUCCAUAAUCCCUUUCGCCCCCUCCCUCUUAUAAUUCAAAGCCACAAAUCAUUAAUCAUUUUUUUCCAGUUUUAUGCACAAAGUUAAUGAGAAGUUUCCAAUUUGCUGUCAAUGUGGACAAUAUCUUCUCUCUAAUCAAUGCCUUAAGUUUCGCCAUCCCCACUUCUCUAUUGAAUGCAAUAUUGGGCGUUUCCGCUUUUGAGCAUAUAGUAGCCUUUGUCGCCAUUGUCAUAUAUAAAAAUAAGAUAACAUGUUUAUUUUCUGUCUGUCCAUUAGUCCCAACAAAAAAGCUUCUGGUUUAAAUUGUAGAUUAAUCUUCAAGAUUUUCUGUAUCAACAUAUGAAUUUAUGUCCAAUAUUUGUUUGCUUUGUUACAAGUCCACUAAAGAUAAUAAAAUGUCCCUUCAUAUUGAU